GCUUGAGAGCGCAGUUCGUUUUGCAGUGCGCUGCUGGUUUUUGUUUUUGGAUCUGCGACUUAAACCAGUUUUCGACUAUUUCAAUAAUAAUAACACAAGCAAAACGCAUGCGAAUGACGAAACGACCUUAAGAAAAUGAAAGAAAUCCGCGACAACAAUUAAAGAAUCCGUCACGGAAGCAAGAAAAGUCGCGCAAAUGUAAAAUUCAACUGCAAAUCAACAAUAAAAAAUACUUUAUAAAAAUGGUAAUUAAUUUUCAAAUAAUUAGAGUGUGAAAAGUAGCCAAAAAAAGUAAGCAAAGCUACGAUUUGCAAAAUAUCUACGUGGAUAACUGAGCUUAAAGAGAGAGCUAUAGGUGCGAGGGAGAAAGACGGUGAGAGGGAGUACAACGCAAACGCGCGCAAUGACAUUGAGAAGACAAGAAGGCGUUCUUUGUCACUGCUGCGACUGCGCCGUCGCUGUAGAAGUUCCUGUUAUCGCUCCCACUGGCCGUAAGCCAGCAGCGCUGCAACAGCGACGUCGACUGCAACAACAGCUCUUAUUAGCUCUGCUGGCGCUUUUCCUCUUUGGCUCGAACAAUGCUGCAUCCGCUGAGGGCGAAGAUGAGGACGGUCCGUAUCGGGGCAAAUAUUUAGGCAAACUCAAUUCGUAUCAUCAUCAGGUGUCCGGUGAUGUAUUCGCUGUCAAUGAGUUUACAUUUUUAAUAGUGGGCUUUAAUUACGAUGGCAACGGUGCGGAUACGUUCUUUUGGGCAGGCGCCAGUAAUCGACCGGGUCCGCAGGGCUUCAUUGUGCCCGAUGAGUAUGGCAAAACAAACAUUUUGGAUCGUUAUCAUAACAAGGACUUUACGCUAACGCUGCCCGAUCGCAAGAAGAUGACUGAGAUCAAGUGGCUUGCGGUUUACGAUCUGAACAAUCAGAAUAACUUUGGCGACGUGUAUAUACCUGAGGAAUUUGAGCCGCCGCGCACUCAAGUCGGCGGCACCUUCUCGAAGCGCAAUCACAACGUGAGCAGCAGCAGCAUUGAGAUCUUGGACUCGAAGACUAUCAGGAUUAAAGACUUUACCUACGAUGGACGUGGCAAGCGCACGUUUUUCUGGACAGGCGUCGGCGCUCAGCCAUCGAGUCGUGGCAGCAAGAUUCCGGACGAGCGUGGCUACCUCGAUCCCAUACGCACCUACAACAAGGAAACAAUUCAGUUGGAGCUGCCUGGCGACAAGACGAUCUUUGACAUCGAUUGGAUAAGCAUUUACGAUGUGGCUGACAACGAGAAUUAUGGCCAUGUUCUCAUACCGGAUGGAUUGAAUGUGCCGCCAUCGCUGGUGAAGAUUACGCCGUAUGAGUUCUCGCUGCCCAAUUGCCGGCAGCUGCACAAGGAUCUGCAGGUGUCGUGGGAGGUUUUCGGACCUCAAAUCACGUUCCAGCUGUCUGGCCAGGUGGCGCAAACGGAUUACAUGUCCUUUGGCAUCUCCGGCUCGGAUGUAGCCAGUCAAAUGAUUGGUGCCGAUGUCGUUGUAGUUUAUAUAGACGACAUCCGGGGCUAUGCGGUUGACUACAAUAUCACCUCGCUGGCUCCAUGCGUGCAGGUGCUCGGUCAGAAUAAGGGCGUGUGCCGAGAUGAUGUCGUCGGCGGCUUGGACAGCUUUCAACUGAAUACAUACGCCCGCAAGGAUGGCAUCAAUACAAUCAGCUUCAGGCGCUUGCUGAAGUCAUCCGAUAAUGGGGACAAGGAAAUAUUUUUGGAUCGCAGCAACUAUGUGGUUUGGGCCUUUGGUCAGCUGGACUCCAACAAUGAGCCGGCGUUUCACACAUACUAUCCCAAGAGCGAUAUAGUCAUUGACUUUAACACUACGGAGCCGGUCAACGACUGCUUCAGCUUUACGAAACGCGCGGAAACUCCAGUGCAGCUCUGGGAGCGCACACGAAUCACGGAUGCCACGGUGCGCACUUUUAACGCUUAUCUGGGCCCCUCGGGCGGUCUGCGUGGUUAUCAGGGCAUCACGGGGCAUGUUUCGAGCGGCUUGGCCUGGUAUAUCAAUGGCUACAUGAUACCGGAACUGUACCUGAAGCGUGGCUUGACCUACACUUUUAAAGUACGUGGCGGCAACAACCCGCAUUCGCCGGAACACUAUCACCCACUGGUCAUAACGGAUGAUCCGCAAGGCGGCUACGAUCGUCUGUCGGAUGCCAAGCAGAGCGAAAUUCGCGUUCUAGCUGGCGUAGAGUUUACACGUCGUGGUCGACCGAAACCCACAGCUGCGGGUCCGCUCUGCUUGUCCCGGUAUCCGGAUCAGUAUGACCGUCGCUUGGAUGACAACUUUCCCACAUUCAAGAAAUUCAAUCGCAGCCUGCUCAACAUUUGCAGCGAAGAGCCGCCGGCGCUGCUCGAGAUUACGCCCAAUAUCACGUGGCCGGACACCGUCUACUACAAUUCCUUCACGCACGGCAACAUGGGCUGGAAGAUCCACAUCGUCGACAGCUAUACGAAGCUGCGCAGCGCUGGGCAUUCCUUGGCCACAGCGUGGCUGACAACGCUCACAGCUCUGCUGAUGCUGUUUGCACUGUAAAUGUUGACUGCCUUCCUUGAUAGUUUCUGAUGUCUCAAAGGAUACUCUUUUUAUAUUUUAAUUUUAAUAUAAGUCAAUCAGUCACAAUUUGCAUAUAUAUGUGUGUGUAUUUAUGUAUGUAUGCAUGUAUUAUACCUGCCCAUUUUAAGCAUAAGUAUUGUAAUUUAAACUCGUUAAUAAAGGCAGAGUUUCACAUAAGUCAGAAGCAACUCGUCCUGAUUGUUAAUGCCUUAUUACUAUAGCUAAUAUAUGUGAACAUUAUCUGUUUAUUUAAGAUAGGCCAUUUGGAGGUGAUUCAUUUGCUUGACUGUAAACUGUAAACUGUAAACUAUGCAUUUAUUGAUUAGAUUCGAUUUCAAUUAUGCGUAUAUAUAGUCUUAUUUAUAUAUGUAUAUAUGAAUAUAUCUCUUUUUUUAACUGCAACUAUUGCCUUCAACACCUGUUGAAUACAAUUGUUAGUUAAAAUGAACUGAUGUGAGCUUGUUAAUCGAUCGCCCACUCAUCGUUUGCUUAGGUGCGUAAUAUAUAGGCAACGUUUUUAAAGCAGUUUUCAUAU